AUGUCCAGAUAUGUGAAGUACUUUAUGCAGGCCAAGCGGCUCGAUAAGCGGAAAAGAAAAUAUGGGCAGCUGGACUUUUUAGAAUUAAGCAAAGAGCUGAGCAUCCCGUUCCCGCUCAGAGAAAGAAAUCAACCCAAGCACCUAGACCUAUCGAGGUACCUAAAUAUAAAAGUGGGAGACCUGGUUAAGGUACUCUAUGGCCCGUAUAAAGACAAAGAAGGCAUCGUUUUAAACAUUAAUACAAAAAGAAACACUGUAAUAGUUGACGGGUGUAAUAUGAAAAAAUCUGCAUGGAAUGUCACAAAGAAAAAUGCUGGUUCAAUUAUAACACAAGAAAUGCCAAUACACAUCACUAACGUUGCCAUUCUAGACCCUAUAACGAAAAAAGCAACAGUGGUUAAGAGGAGGUACAUGAUGCAUGGCGAGUGUGUACGUAUAUCCAAAGUAUCUGGGUGUGCUAUGCCUGAACCUGUUAAUGUACAAGCCUUCAAGGAACAGAAUAACUAUGAGCUCUUCAUCCACAAAAAAAAAACGGGACCUCCCAUUAAAGACAUUUACGCCGAGAGAGACUCCAAAAAUUUUAAUUUGUUAAAGAAGAUAGCCUACGAGAUUAAGAAGAAGAGCUUUUAUGAAAUGAAAAAUUUUUUCAAUAACGCUUCUUCGGGCUAA